AUGUCAGUGCCGCGGACCAUCAGUUGGCAAGUUGAUCAAGAGGGUACACGAUUCACGAAUCUCUUGAUCAUUUCGAAUUUCCGCUUUUCCCUUACAAGCCCGUGUCGUUCAACUUUAUUCUGUCAAGAUCAUGCCAGCCUGAGUUACAUGGUUUCUCGAUUUCUCACUGGGCAAAUCGAUCGUUUACUCGUGUGUGCAUCCCGGGGAAUUGACCUUGAACUUACCAGGCAGAGGCAGCUCCUACAGUCAUCUUCCAACACUGCUUGUCACCUGUCACUCUCCUGCCACACCCCUUGGCCUUGAAUCUUGAUGCCCUCAAAUCCAGUCCUGGGACCCUCCAUUUCGUUUAAAUUGAUAUCAUGAAUGAAGGCAGUAUCAAGACCGGGUGUUCAAAAGUUCUUGGGCUUCUCGAUGGCACUGGGUUGGACUCUAUCAUUAAUAACGCUGCGAUCCCAUGGAAUAGCAGCAGCGAAGACAUCGUCAACACGAGCUCCUCUCUUACCAGUGUCAACAAAGAUCUCAAGCCCGAAUCGACCAGCUACAAUAUCAGUAAGGUGGGACUUCACGUACUCGUAGGCGAUCCCUUCAUCGAAAUCUACAUGGGCGGCAAGGGUGCGGUGAUCGAGCCCCAUGUCUCCGAGUUUGUGACAGGCAUUGUGAACAUCGUGACGAAACCCACUACAGCUGAUGUGGGCAAGUUUUACAAUUAUUUGGGCAAGCAGAAUCCGUGGUGA